AUGAACGCUCGACCAUGCCGGCCUUCCCACACGCCGAUCCGGGCUCUGCGGCAGGCUGAGCUUCCAGGGGGCGAACCAGACCGAUACUGGUCAACCAGCAUGAACCCGGGGCUGAUCCAUUGGGGAGAGGGCCCAGACCCCAAUGACGAGCACAGAUUGCAGCUCUGCCCAGGGGAGCUCCCCCUGCAGAAGUCCUGCCCCCUGACCAUGGGCACUGGUGGCAGCCCCCCCGUUUCCAUCCUCUGCUCCUGGGAGGAAGCCGCCUUUGGUGAAGAGGUGUUGGAGGUGCAGAACGACCAGCUGCCCCUGGUGAUCGUGCAGGAUCCCAGCGGGAACCGCAUCGCCCAGUGGCGAGAUGUGACUCCGCAGCAGGGCAUCGUGGAUCUGUCCCUCCCGCUGUCUGCAGAGCCGGCCCUGGGGACGUACGCCAUCGAGGCACAAGGGACGAGGCACUCGUUCAGCAUGGAAGAAUAUGUGCUGCCCAAGUUCGAAGUGACCCUGGAGCUGCCCCCCGUGGUGACGGUGCUGGAUAAGAUACUCCUGCUGCGGGUGUGCGGCCGAUACACCUACGGGAAGCCCGUCCUGGGGAAGGUCCAGGCCAGCCUGUGUCGGGAGGAACAACCAGUGUAUCACGGGUACCAUCUUCAUGCCAAGCGAACCGGAGCUCUGUGCACAGAGCUUACUGGCCAGACUGACAGCAACGGCUGCUUUUCCAGAGAGGUGGGGACGGCUCCCUUCAACCUGACCCAAUCUGGCUACAGGAUGAGCCUCCAGGCCAAGGCCUCUCUAGUGGAGGAGGGGACAGGGGUGGAGCUCAACGCGACCAAGAGCUGUGACAUCGUGUCUGAAAUUGCUACGGUGACCUUUGAGGACGCUGACAAUACUUACAGGGCUGGAAUCCCCUACACUGGCAAGAUGCUCCUGAAGGCAGCAGGUGGCUCUGCACUGAAGAAUGAGAAGCUGCAGCUCUUUGUUAGCUAUGGAGAUGUGAGGCAGAACCAGACCUUCCUGACAGACGAGUCUGGCAGAGCCUCCUUCGAGCUGGACACCUCCGGCUGGACUGGGAGGGUCACUCUGAGGGGGCACUUCAAGCAGGUGGAUCGCAGCUCUGUGUUUGGAAGAGUCUCUCCCAGUUAUCUGGAUGCCCAUCGUAACCUGGAGCCCUUCUACUCCAAGAGCCAGAGUUUCCUGAAGAUCCGCUGGCUGGGAGGGGUGCUGCCCUGUGACCAGGCCCAGCAGCUCCAGGUGGAUUACAUCAUUGCUAGGGAGGUCCUGGGGAACGAGUCCAGGAGCCUGGAUUUCAUCUUCCUGGUCGUGGCCAAGGGAGCCAUCGCCAGGAUCCUUCACAAAGGGCUGGACCUCAGAGAGGGGGCUGGGCUGAAGGGCUCCUUCUCUGUGGAGCUGCCCUUCGGCGCUGACCUGGCGCCCGCUGCCACGGUGCUGGGUUACACGGUGCUGCCCAAUGGCGAGAUGGCUGCCGACAGCGCCCGACUGCAUGUGGCCAAGUGCUUCCCGAACAAGGUGAAGCUGGCCUUCUCAAACGACCGGGCCCUGCCGGGCUCAGAGCUCCAGCUGCAGCUGCAGGCUGCCCCCGGGUCCCUGUGCGCCGUCCGCGCCGUGGAUCAGAGUGUGCUGCUCAUGAAGCCCGAGGCCGAGCUUAGCGUCGAUACGGUCUAUAAUUUGCUCCCCCGUUUUCCCCAAGGAGACUAUCCCGCUGCGGCUCGAGAGCACGAGUCAGGCGAUUGUCCAUAUUUCUCUGAGUACCCUACAUACAUAGGUCCCUGGCGGCGGCGUCACAGAAGGCCCCAGUCUGUCCAGUUUUCUGACAGUGACUCCUACCGUUUAUUUAAGGAUGCGGCUUUGAAAAUUCUCACCAAUGCCAACACCAAGAAACCUUUCAUCUGCCCUGAUAUUCCAAUCUUCAGAUACAGCAGUCAACCCAACUUUAACCUCGGCCUUCCAGGAAGUCCAGGGGACUCUUUCUAUAGACGCGAGGUUUUGAGGAAGAACGUACACGGGGAGCGUGGUGGAUUAGGCAACGCCCUGCCGGCUCCAGAGCCCAGCACCGAGGAGGCGCCAGCGCCACGUGCCUACUUCCCAGAGACGUGGCUAUGGGACCUGGUCCCUGUGGGCGAGGGGGGCUCCAAGGACGUCCCAGUCUCAGUGCCCGACACCAUCACGGAGUGGAAAGCUGGGAUGUUCUGCACGGCGGAGGUGGGCUUUGGGCUCUCGCCCACGGCCACCUUCACGGCCUUCAAACCCUUCUUUGUGGAGCUGGCCUUGCCGUACUCUGUGAUCCGGGGAGAGGCCUUUGCCCUAAAGGCCACUGUCUUCAACUACCUGCAGCAGUGCAUCAAGGUGCGAAUGACACUGGCGGAGUCUGCGCAGUUCCAGGUGCAGGCGGGUGAGGACGGUGCCUACACCAGCUGCCUCUGUGCAGACGAAGGGAAAACCUUCCAGUGGGAGGUGACGGCGAGCAGCCUGGGGGAGGUGAACUUCACCGUCAGCACCGAGGCGCUGCACACCGAGGAGCUGUGCGGCAAUGAGCUGGCCGUGGUGCCGGCCCAGGGGCGAGUGGACACCGUGAUAAAGCCUCUGCUGGUCCAGCCGGGGGGGAUCCUGGAGGAGAAGGCGUACAGCUCCCUGCUCUGCCAGGAAGCGUCCGAAGAAAUCUCCUUGCAGCUGCCUGCAAACGUCCUGGCAGGGUCCGAGCGGGCCCAUGUGACUGUCCUGGGAGACAUAAUGGGCACAGCUCUGCAGAACAUAGACCGCCUGCUGGCCAUGCCCUACGGCUGCGGAGAGCAGAACAUGGUCCGGUUCGCUCCCAACAUCUACAUCCAGCAGUACCUGGAAAAGAGCGGGCAGCUCAGCCCAGAGAUCAGAGAAAAGGCCAAGGGAUUCCUCCAGAGCGGCUACCAGCGUGAGCUGCUCUAUAAACACAAGGACGGCUCUUACAGCGCCUUUGGGGAGAGAGACGCCACGGGCAACACCUGGCUGACGGCCUUCGUUCUCAAGUCCUUUGGCCAGGCCAGACCCUACAUCUUCAUCGACGAGAAGCACCUAGAGGACGCCCUCAGGUGGCUGCAGCGUCACCAGCUGGAGAGCGGCUGCUUCCGCAGUGUGGGGAAGCUGUUGAACAACGCCCUGCAGGGCGGCGUGGUGGACGAGCUCUCUCUCUCGGCUUAUAUCACGGCGGCGCUGCUGGAACUGGGGCAGCCGCUCACGGACCCCAUGGUGACCAGGGCCCUCCAGUGCCUCCGGGAGUCGAGCACCAGCGACCUCUACACACAGGCGCUGCUGGCCUAUGCCUUUGGGCUGGCGGGGAGCACUGAGCUGCGGGACGCCCUCCUGCAGCGCCUGGCUGAGCACAGCGUCAGCGCCGGGGGACAACUCCACUGGCAGAGGAAGGUGAAGGCCCUGCCCAGCCCCUAUGGGAACCAGGCCCCGUCGGCAGAGGUGGAGAUGACAGCUUACGUGCUCCUGGCCUAUCUCUCCCUGCCCAACGUGUCUGCUGCCAACAUGGCAACCGCCGCCCAGAUCGUCCGCUGGCUCAGCAAGCAGCAGAACCCCUAUGGGGGAUUUGCCUCCACACAGGACACGGUGGUGGCCCUGCAGGCCCUGGCCAAAUACGCAGCCCUGACGUACAGCGUGAGCGGGGCUGUGUCGGUGACGGUGAGCUCCCAGGCUGGGGACCGGCAGCAAUUCCACGUGGACAACGCCAACCGGCUGGUGCUGCAGCGAGUGGCCCUGCAGGAGAUCCCCGGGCAGUACACGGUGCUGGCCAGUGGCAAGGGCUGUGUCUUUGUGCAGCUGACUCUGCGCUACAACGUGCCGCCCCCAAAGAGCGCCACGACCUUUGACCUGCGGGUGGAGACGGAGCCGAAGGAGUGCACCGAGAGCGCCAGAUCCCGCUUCAGCCUCGUGCUGCACGCCCGGUACAGCGGGGAGCGCCCAGCCACCAACAUGGCCAUCAUUGAGGCCAAGCUGCCGUCCGGCUACACCCCCGUCCAGAGCUCCCUCCGGCAGCUGGAGAAGCAGCCUUUGGUGAAGAGGCUGGAGGUGCAGAACGACCAGGUGAUGCUCUAUCUGGACCAGCUGACAAAGGAGGCGGCGAGUUUCACCUUCUCCCUGGAGCAGGAUUUCCCUGUGAAGAAUCUCAGAGCAGCCCCAGUGAGACUGUACGAUUACUACGAGACGGGUGAACAUACAGAGGCUGAGUACAGCGCCCCCUGCGGCUCAGCCCCUGAUGCCGAUACGAAGGAAAAUUCCCGCUGAAGCGCCCGCCCCUGCUGGGCAGCCCCCUCCCCUCCCAUCCCGAUAGCCCCGCACCAGCAGCCAGACACACCAGGAUCGAGAAGGGCACUGACAGGCCCCGUCUCAGCUGCUGCUCUUCCCCGAACCAGCUGCACUAUCCCUCUUAGCACCUUCUUCAGCCAACGCCUCCCCGUUCGCUCUGCAAACAUCCCACCUGCUCUCCCAUCUCUCAGCCUCCAGACCAGCCACAUGAUCCCAGCUGUCUGUCACAUGCGGGGACCGGUGGCUGCAGUGGGGACCUCUGGGGUUUGCUGCCUGUCCUGCCUGGAGCAGCAGGUUCAGUGUAAAACAAAAUAGAAAAACCCACCUCUUUGUGAGGCUGUUUUGUCGCUUUGUUCCUGCCCUGCUGCUGCUCCUCACAUGGCUCCUGUGCAUCCUUAGAGCAGCCAGAUCCUGGGAACGUGGCUCGGUCCCCUUCCCCAGCCCUUCGGUCAUUGCUGUGGGGUUUG